UUCAACGUUCAGAUUCGGAAGAGAGCAGACGCAAAAUUCAAGUGAACAAAACUAAAAAAUUUAAGAUAUCAAGAUCACCAGUAAAAAAAUCCGCUGAAGCAACUGAAGAAGUUCUGAACACCAGGAGAAAGAAAUUAACAAGAAUGUGUGACCCAUGCUGUGGACCAAUUUGUGGACCUUGUGGUCCUUGUGGUCCCUGUGGCCCAUGUGGACCUUGUCCUCCCUGCGGCCCAUGCGAUCCUUGUUGCGAACCUCGCAGCUUCAGUGCCGGUCAACUGGCGUGCAUGCCCCAAUGUCCAACCGGUUGCCCUCCGCCUACCUGUGGUCCACGGUUCAUAACGGUUCAACAGCCCCCACGACUGGUGUCCCAGAAGAAAGUCAUCAACUGCACCCGGACCGUCAUCGACAAGCACGUCCUGCCGCAGACCAAGGCCAUAGUUGAACCCAAACUCAUCUACCAACCGAAGACCAUCGUGGAACCGUGCGUGAUCUUCAAGAAACGGAUUGUCCCCGAACCGAAAGUGAUCUACUACAGCCGGACGGUGCCGGAUCCCAAGGUCGUUUGUACGCAGCGACUCAUUGUAGAACCGAAGGAGUACUGUACUACGAUGGUUUGUCAACCGAAGCCCCAGAUUGUGCCGGUUCCGCCCGCCAAGGAGUACUGCUGCAUGUCCACGGGAACAACGUUCUUCAACAAUGCAUGCUGUCCUCCAACUCCGGGACCAAUUUGCCCACCUAGAAAGUGCUGAUGCAUUUACAG